CCGCGCGGAGUCGUGGGGCCGCCGCCGUGGCCCUCGCUGUCGGCGCCUCGCCGCCCGCCCGCGGUGCCCGCGCACGCCGGCCGCCAUCGUCUUCGCGCCUGGCGGGCGGGGGCGCUGUCCUGCCCGGCCGUCCGCGCCGCGCAUUGCAGCUCGGCGGAGCGCGGCAGCCAGGGCCGGCGGAGGCGCGAGAAGCCGGGCGCCGGCGCCGCGGGGGCCAUGACCGUGGAGCAGAACGUGCUGCAGCAGAGCGCGGCGCAGAAGCACCAGCAGACAUGUUUGAAUCAGCUGAGAGAAAUUACUGGGAUCAACGAUGACCAGAUACUACAGCAAGCUUUGAAGGAUAGCAAUGGAAACUUGGAGUUGGCAGUGGCUUUCCUCACUGCGAAGAAUGCCAAGACCCCUCAGCAGGAGGAGACAACUUACUACCAAACCGCGCUUCCUGGCAGUGAUAGAUACAUCAGUGUGGGAAGCCAAGCAGAUACGAUGACCAACCAGAAGGACAGAGGGAGCCUCAGACUAGGAAGAUUGGGGAGCUGUGUGGGCAGUCCCAGGCGUCCCUGCACAGAAGGAAACUUGAAAACAGGAGGAGAGUGGGCCUCACCCAGGGAUGGCCCCCACCACUUGCUCUUGUGCACAGAAAGGGACAUGGCCUGGCCCUGCUUUGUCCCCUAGGUGUGCUGUAGGGCCAGGUGGGCCUAGACUGGCAGAGCCAGGCUGCCAUCAGCCCUGUCCACCUCCCCCAGUGCCUGGAGAAGUGAGACCCCUUCUACUUUCAGAGCUCACUUAGGGGUCUGUUUCCUAGACCCUAGCUGGCCUCCCCUCCCCCAACCAACUGACACACCCUGGUUCUGGCCACCUGUUUACUUUGGAGAUGGAACACUCCUCAGGGUUCCGAGCGGUCAGUUGUGGCCCACAGGGCACUGGCACUCAGAGGCACAGCUGUGGAGCUCUCCCCAGCCAUGGAGGGCCUGCUGCCUGCCAUCGCAUCCGCUUUCCAGCUGAUCCUGGGGUACCUGUGGUGUGCUCUGCUGGUGAUUUCGGAAAGCUUGAGCCAGAGGCCAGGUCUCCCUGCGUUCCCCUGGGAGAUCCUGGUAUGUACUGUGGUGGUGGCUUUGAUAGUAAAGACAGGACAUAUUUUCAGAAGAGGGAAGUCUCCAGGCGAAAGGUGUUCUGCCUGCAGUGAAGUCAGUGGAGAAUGUGGGGAGAAUACAGGACCUGAGAACCGAGCCGAGGAAGCCCUUCAGUGCCCUCGGGUGGAGGCCAGUCCUCUCCCGUUACAAACCUUGUGCUUGGCAGCAAUGAAUACAAUGGUGAGCACAUCAGCACUUCAGGACACUGUCGACCUUCUGGAAAAGGCUUUGAAGAGCCUGCCUGUUAAAGUCUCCAAAGCAAAUGAUGCAAACCCCAUCUCAAAAUCAUCAGAGAAGGAUGGAGAACAACUUCAGAAGAACACAAUGAAUGAUUUGAAUGAAAACACUCCUUUUCCAGCAAGUCCAUUAGUGCUCCGCCAAGACAUGCCGAGAUGGGAGAAGACGGCACAGGAAAAGGAGGAGAAGAACGGAAGGCUGGAGCAGUCGAACACACAAAUACUGUCCAUCCUGAAAGAUCAAGUCGGCCAAAUCCUGCCAGCGGUCGCAGUCCCGCUGCACACCGUCCCUUUGCCUGACCUCCUUGCCCAGCAAAUGGAUGACGGGAAUGCGGAAGUCCAGCAAAAGAGGGAAGCAGGAAAGGGGGAACCCCCCAUCCCUAAGUCAGAAGUUGGUCUGAAGGGGGUCACUGAUGAUGCUGACCUCAGCGCGCCCCUUCAAAGUCCUGAAGAGGAACAUCAAGAAGGAGCCAGACGGUUGUGGCAAGAAAAGCAAAUGAAGGAAGAGCUUCCAAGACAAAUCCCCUCCUUCCAAACCGAGGAAGCAACUUUGCAGCACGAAAACGCCAAGCUUGAAAGUGAGAUUCAGAAGCUGAAGCUCAAACUUCAAAUUCUGCAUGAGCUACAUGAUGAAGAAGUUGGGCCACUUUACAGAAAAUUCUUUGAGGAGGAAAGGGUCUGCUCCGAGUUGGACAAGAAGCUCCUCAACGUGUGCUGGGAGAUGAACUCCACGUACCAGCUUCGCAACCUCUACAAGAAGAUGGCUGAAGACCUGGCCCAAGAAGUGAAGACGUGCACUUCCUACUAUCACAAGGAGAACCUCUUCCAGAUGCAAAGAGCCAAAGAAAGCAAGAGGGCAGCCGUGUUGGCAGAGAGAAAGCUCGAGGAGCUAAGAAGAGAAAAUGAACACAACAGGCAAAGGCUGGCCAUGUUGGAGGCCUCGUUCCAGCCUUUGCCAAGAGGCAAUUUUCCUCCAGCUGCUCCUCCCACGGUCCCCAGAGGCCCAGAAGUGUGGGGGAUCCCCUGGGCCGGUAGGACCCCCCAGGAAGGAAGAUGGCCCUGCCACGAGGCCUCAGGGGUCUGGGGUCACCUGCAGAUUUGACUCAGCAUCCACAGCAGCUGGGCCCUUAGCACCCCAGCCACGGCAGGACAUCUGCACAGGUGUUCUCUUUUCAAAGGAAUUUUGAUUUUUCUCUUUUUAGUUUAGCUAUUAUUACUUAAUUGAUUAUUCUUAUUCAAGUAGAUAAAGCAUUCUAAUGUGUAAGAUAUUUUUUCAAAUAAAGUUUCAUUUAAUACCUUUAAAAAAAAUUAAAAAA